CUUCAUCCCAAGCCCAAGGCAAAGGUAGAGAUGGCAGGGCCUCAAUGCUGUGCAAACCCACCUGCCCUAAACCCAAACUCUGGGGAAGGAACAGUUAAAGAAUUUGGAGGACUCUUGAGCUACAUCACUGGUUCAUUAGAUUCCAAGGCUGCAAUCCUUCUUGUCUCUGAUGUAUUUGGAUUUGAAGCACCAAACUUGAGGAAGCUAGCAGACAAAAUUGCCGCUGCAGGAUACUAUGUGGUGGUUCCUGAGUUCAUGCAUGGAGAUCCCUAUGAUCCUGAUAAUACUGAGAGACCUGUAUUGGUCUGGAUAAAAGACCAUGGAGUGGACAAAGGAUUUGAGGAGGCUAAACCAAUUGUUUCAGCUAUAAAAAGUAAAGGCUUUUCCACUAUUGGGGCUGCCGGGUUUUGCUGGGGCGGCAAGGUGGUUGUGGAACUAGCAAAGUCCGGUUACAUCCAAGCUGCAGUGCUUUGCCAUCCUGGACUUGUCACUAUUGAUGACUUCAAGGAGGUUAAGGCUCCCAUUGCUGUACUUGGAGCUGAAAUUGAUGAGUAUUCUCCCCCAGAACUUUUGGAACAAUUUGAGGGGGUUUUAUCGGUUGAAGGGUAUGUGAAGAUAUUCCCCGGGGUCAUACAUGGAUGGACAGUGAGGUAUGAUGUUGAGGACAAAAAAGCUGUGGAAGCUGCCGAGGAAGCACAUCAGGACAUGUUGGACUGGUUUGCCAAGUAUGUCAAGUAAAAGAGAAGAUAAGAAGAUAUAGACAGCAGGAGAAACUAUCCUGGGUGUAAUGGCAGUCCUACUUUUCCAUAUUAUCUGUUUUGCUCAAGAGCAUUGUAAAAUCAUUUAAGUACUAAUCUUGGUAUAUAUGAAUAAAAUUUUGAUUCUGAAUCU